UUCCAGUCGUUACAGUGCCAUGUAGAGGACUAAGCGUUCAUAGGCUAUAAUUGUUGAUAAAUCUAACGGUACACGCACCAGUCACUGCUGAAUGUGCUGUUGAGAUAAGGACAAGAUGGCGCCCAGACUUGUCAUAUCGGCACUGCUGGGGAUCGCGUGCAUUGCUGUCAGCCACUGUGGCAAACAUCAUCUGCCGACCGCGUUACAGAAAAGAGUGGUGCCAACCGAGAAGCCGCAGGUAUGCGGUGACAACGCCCCCAACUGCUAUGACUUCAACCUGGACGACAUCUGCCACAACCCCGACUACGCCGAGUGGGUCUAUGAGAAAUGCCGUCAGUCUUGCGGCUUGUGUGAUCUGACACCGGGGCUUGAAACGACGACUACAACUACACCAUUUCUCACAACAGUACAUGACACGGCGCCAGUUACUGAGGUUUGCAGGGACAAGGUUGAGAACUGUGACGAGUACCAGGACGACAUGUGCACAAAUCCCGACUACCUCGGUUGGGCUCACGAGAAUUGUCGAGACUUCUGUGGUUUCUGUGAAGUGACAACGAAAGCCCCGCCGCUGAUGACUACUGCAGCAACAACAACGCGAGAUCCCACCGAGACUUGCUUCGACAGCCUAGAUAACUGUGCUAACUAUGACAUCAAGACGUCGUGUUGUGGAGCGUACGAGCCCUGGGCCAGAGUAAACUGUGCCAGACACUGCAAGUUCUGUACUCCUGCAGUGACGCCGACCCCAUUGUGCCACGACGUUGACCCCAAGUGUGCCAACUACGGUGAUGACCUCUGCACCAACCCUCUUUACGACAAUUUCGUCAGGGAAAACUGUGCGGGCACCUGCAAAAUUUGUGACCAGCCUGAAUACAUUCCAACCUGCGCUCAGGGAUCGACGGUGACGGCUACGGGCGAAGCAACAACUAGAGUAAUCACAACAUCGGCACCAGGUGUUUGCGAGGACCUCAUCGACUGUGCCGGAUAUGACAUCAUGACAUCAUGCUGUAGCCCGUAUGAAGCUUGGGCACGGUUACACUGUCCAAAACACUGCAAGUUUUGUGUUCCCGCUGUUCCUGACAUCCCCAUCUGCCACGACAUCGACCCCCUCUGUAGUCAGUACGGGGCCGACCUCUGCACCAACCCCGACUACGACCGCUUCAUACACGAGCACUGCGCGGGCACCUGCAAAGUCUGCGAGAGGCCUGAGGUCUAUCCUCCGUGUGCCAACACCACUCUGCCAACAGUGGGCACUGGACAGUGCUACAUGGACGGCACGUACUACCCCCAGGAUAGCUCGUGGGACACCAUCGACUGCAAUCAACACUGUCGAUGCGUCAACGGCCUCACAAACGACAUCCACUGUGACCCCAUCGUGUGCCCCUCCCCCGUGCCCAACUGUGACCUAGUGCACAUCCCCGGACACUGCUGUCCACUACUCCACAACUGUAAACCCCACGUGGGAGGAUUUCAAAUGGUGGGAUAACGUCCAGACAUGACGAGAAACACCCGGGCAGAAUGUCCUGUUCAGAAAUAAAUACAUACAGAUAAUAUUA